GUCACUGGUCAGUUGAGUCACUAGUAGAAAUACCAUAAAAGAAGGAGAAGCAACAAGUGUGUGAAAUGUGAUGGCCAACUUUUUUUGCCUUUCUUGAUUCUGCCCUCUACUCUUCUUCUAUAUAUAUUUGGAAACACCAAAACAAAUUACACCCUUCUCAUUCCCAUAAAAUUUAAAAAGAAGACAGGAGGAAGGGAUCAAUAAGAGAGAUAUCGAAUUUGGUUUUGGCCUGGAAAUUAAAAGAAGCAAUAAUAAGAAUGGGGGAAGAAGGAAUUAGCAGGUUGAAGAAAAGUAUAGAAGAAGGGAGAGUGGGAAUAGGGAUGGUGAUGGUACAAGUAAUAGCCACCGGGUUGCAACUUCUAUCGAGACUAAUACUGAACCAAGGCACUUUUGUGUUUGCUUACAUGUUUUAUCGUCACAUUGUUGCAGCUCUUUGUGUUCUUCCCUUUGCUCUUUUCUUCGAAAGAGGUAAGGGACUGAAGUUGAUCAGAAGCAGCUGGCGGGUUCUCUCUUGGCUAUUUGCAGUUGCACUCACCGGGAUAACAAUGGCGAUGGGGCUGUUCUACUAUGGGUUACGAGACACGACGGCAACAUACGCCACCAACUUCCUCAACCUCAUCCCCAUUGCCACCUUUCUCUUCUCCACCAUCUUGGGAUUUGAGAAACUGGGGAUAAACACAAGAAACGGGAAAGUGAAGAUAAUGGGGGCGAUUCUGUGCCUUGUGGGAGCGCUGGUGAUUGUUUUCUACAAAGGCAAAGAGCUGUAUUUGGUUCGCCAUCCCCUCUUGCUGGACUUGGAGCACCACCACCACCACCAUUCUCCUUUGCUUCAAAUGCGACACCCUCAUUGGGUCCGUGGCACCAUUUUCUUACUCUGCAGCUGCGUUUCCUAUGGUUUGUGGUUCAUCACUCAGGCAAAAUUGAUCGGAAUAUACCCACACAAGUACUGGGCGACAUUUUACACAAGCCUCAUAGCAUCGGCCCAACAAGUCCUCAUUGGAUUGUACAUAGAUAGCUCCAAAUCUGCCUGGAAACUGGAAUGGGAUCUCCAAUUGCUCACCAUUUUUUACUCGGGAGCAUUGGCCACAGCAGCAACAUUUUGCUUGAUAACGUGGGCAGUGUCCAAAAGGGGGCCCACAUAUCCUUCCAUGUUCAACCCGUUAUCCCUCAUUUUCGUCGCCAUCGCCGAAGCUCUUCUCCUAGCUUCCCCCAUCUCCCUUGGAAGCUUAAUUGGGAUGGUCCUCAUAAUUGUUGGGAUAUAUUAUUUCUUAUGGGCAAAGAGGAAAGAGGCAAAAGGCGCGGUGGUGGUAAUUACGACGACUAGUGCCGCCGUUGGGCAGGCAUCACAACCCACCGUGGCGGUGACACCACUCCCUCCGCACGGAUAUGGAGGAGAACUACCAAAUCAGCGAGCCUAGCUAGAUGUUAAAAAAUGACUUUUCCUUUUUCUUUUUUUUUCCCCUUUCAAGAGAAUGCUAAAUGUAGUAAUUUCAUUAUUUUCGCACGAAUGCAGUAGACACACACACACUCACUAAUUAAUGAAGCCAUAGUUGGAAAUUAAAAACCUUUUUUGGGUCCCCCUUUUCACUUUGUUUACGAAAUUAUAAAAGUCGUCAAGAACAACUGGGAGAAAUUAAUGUACAGUAUUAUUAUCUUUUUUGUCGGGAAUGACAUCUUCAUUGCUCAAUCAAGUCGUUGUUCAAAAACAAUAAAAAUAAAAUAAAAAUGUCGUUGUUCGGA